CAUAUUCAUUUCGCAAGGUCAGAGUUCACCAGUUAAACCAGUUCGCUGGUUUGGUAUCAGUUGAGGAUCUACCUUGCGCUUGGAAACAGGAUCUACAGAGUUCGUUACCAUGGAGACGGAUACGCCCCCAACAGAGAAACGAAGAAGCAGGAAGCAGAAGCUGCGGAGUGUCCUGAUGGACAACCUGCUGGUCAUCCUCCUCAUCCUGGCUGUCGCCAUCGGUGUCGGCAUGGGCUUCGCUCUCAGGACAGUCUGGUCUCCUGACGACAAGCGCAAGAUCUUCUACCUGGCGUUCCCUGGCCAGCUCCUGAUGAACAUGCUAAAGUGCCUCAUCCUCCCUCUCAUCGUGUCCAGUCUCAUCACCGGCAUGGCUGUGCUUGACAAGAGUGUGAGCGGGAAGUUGGGCGGCGCCGCUGUCGUGUACUACCUCACCACGACGUUGUUGGCCGUCGUUCUCGGCAUCAUUCUCGUGCUGUCCAUUCAGCCUGGUUUCAAGGGAGGUAACACCGUCAUUCAGCGAACUGGGACAGCCAAGAUCUCGCAGCCCAUUGAGUCCCUACUGGAUCUCAUACGGAACUGUUUUCCAAGCAACAUUGUCACGGCAACUUUCGAACGGGGCGAAACCGUCAUCAAUUUGGUGGAGAAGAAACUCUCUGCCGUUACGACGGUUGCCCCUGACAACAUGACAACGAUGAGUACAACAGUCACAACAUCGACAAUGGCACCUGAUCCCAUCUUCAUCGAGACCCCCAAGCUCCAGAUGGGGGGUGGCACCAAUGUCCUUGGAAUAGUCGUGUUCUCCAUUGCCCUGGGCUGUGUCAUCAACUACCUAGGGGACAAGGGAGAACCCCUCAAGAACUUCUUCGAGUCCCUCAACGCAGCCACCAUGAUCUUGGUCAAGUUGGUCAUCUGGUAUUCGCCAAUAGGUAUCAUGUUCCUGAUUGCGACCAAGUUUAUCGAGAUGGAGAACCCCAGCCGUGUGUUUGAACAGCUGAUGUACUACUUCCUGACUGUCCUGGCCGGUCUUGCCAUACAUGGCCUCAUCUUCCUCCCCCUCAUCUUCUUCAUCGCAACCAGGAAGAACCCCUACCUCUUCCUCUUCCGCCAAAUGAAGGCCAUCAUCACAGCAUGGGGAACAGCAUCAAGCUCUGCCACUCUGCCCAUCACAAUGGAGUGUCUUGUGAAUAGGAACAAGGUUCACAGCAAUAUUGUUCGCUUCGUCGCCCCUGUCGGUGCCACCAUCAACAUGGACGGCACUGCUCUGUACGAAGCCGUGGCAGCCAUAUUCAUCGCUCAGUACAACGGCCGGAUCCUCACAGUUGCAGAAGUCAUUAUCAUCAGUUUAACAGCCACAGCUGCUGCAAUUGGUGCUGCAGGUGUUCCUCAGGCAGGUCUGGUUACCAUGGUGAUAGUGCUCACAGCCGUCAAUCUGCCCACCAAUGACGUCACACUCAUUCUUGCUAUUGACUGGUUCUUGGACAGAUUCAGAACAGCCAUCAACGUGCUGGGAGACUCCUACGGGGCAGGCAUCUUGGGGCAUAUUUUCAGAAACACAUUUGCCAACAUCCCAGAUGACUAUUCCAAUGACAUUACGGAAACGGAAAGCGACUUCAACGACAAGCCAGCCAACGGGGACGUCAAGGAAGUGGACCUAAACAAAAUAUACCCUCAUAUUGAAAAGCAGGGAUUCAAUAACCCUGGUUUUCUGGAGGACACGCGAAUGUAAACAAACAACAACUCCUGGUUGUGAGGUAGCCUAAUGAUUAAAGUGUUCGCUCCUCACGCCAAAAAGACCUGGGUUCAAUUUCUCAAGUGAGUAAAAUUUGUGAAGCAAAUCCCUUCUAGUAAUAUUGUUACUAUGUUCAGUAUCAUCCAGUCAGAGAAAUCACCCGCCUGUCUACUUUUCUUGGAAGUCAGGAGCCAUAUUAAGGGGAUGGACCUAUGUUGGGAUGAGUGGUACAUGAUAUGACUGGUGUCAGAGGAUGAUUUAGGGGGAAAACGGUCAAGUUCAGUAAUAAGAGGACAAAGAUUGAGAUUUUGUACAAACUCAACAUAACAUAUACUUUAGGAGGUAUAAUCUCUUUUACAUGGUACAUAUGUAAUAAAUUCCAUAUAUCCAAUUUACAAACAAAAUGUAACAUGUAAUGAACUUUUAUAUCCAUUCUUAACUAUUUCCCAUAUUUAGGAUUCAUACUGAUCAGAAGGUUGUUACUAAUCCUUUUUUCAUUGGAAAGAAAUAUAUCGCAAGUGAUGGUGGGUUUUGGUAUAAGGGAGAUAACUCUACUCACUCUGCAUGAAGUCAGCAUUGCCUUCACUGUUCACUACUAAACCAGGGUUCAGCAAUAGUGUAAUAUACAUUAAUAUUAAUUUGUAUAAAGGUGGGGUUUUUUUUAGAAUAUUACCAUGUUUUGUGCAAACAAUCCACAAGAAUGCAUCAUAAAAUACAAAUACUGAAAAAUUAUAUACAUGUAUUGUGAAAUGAUUUUUUGUGAAUUUUUGUGAUGUUGUAAUUUUUAUGCAAAGUACUGUUUGUCAGGGAAUCACUGUUCAAAUCCAAUGUGUUGCUUUUAGUGUAAAAGACACUUGUGAUUCCAGAAUUUCACAGCUAAAAUGUGAAUAAAAAUUAUUUUUCUAGUUU